ACGCUCAUUCAACCGCGGGCCAGCAGCUCAGACAGGCACCUUGUUACUAUCCAGCUGGAAAGAGCAGAGCACUGCGAGGUGCACACACACACACACACACACACACACACACACACACACACACACACAAACACACAGACACAAAUACUCACACACGUGAGCAUCCUCAAACAGCCCAGGACUUUUUAUCUGGGGACCAGCAAAGAAGAAGGAAGGAAGACAAACUGAGAGACGAGGAGCAGGAUUAAAGAGGAACUUUUAAAGGUGGAUUCAUUGAAUUACAACACUUUCUGAAAGAAGUGGACACACAGACAAACAGGACUAAAGAUGACAACUGGAGAAAAGAGCUUGUUUCUGUAGGGAGGCCUGCUGUCAGCACGGAGUGGACACUGGUUGUUGGUGCCAUCCAGAGGGUCUGCGGAGAGCGUGCAAUUUCCCCCUCCCUUCAGGACUCCCACCCUCUUGUCAUCCCUCCACCGGGACCUCUCCUGAUCAUCAGCAUGCCUACAGCUUGCACAAGGUGCACCUUGGGAGUCUGACCCACCAUGUGCAGAUGGACGCCGUCCGUAGCCCAUCUCUGUCCUGAACCUACCCUUGGCACCACCACUGCUGCAGCCUCCGCCAGGCGACUUCUCCCCCUACCCAGUGCAGCCUCCCUUUGCUUGGCAUGCUUCACUCUGCUCCUGGUCACCGCUGGCACUGCCACAGGGGCCUGUCCUCCCGGGGUAGGGCAUGAAUCCCUACAGGUUCUCACAAGUGGCAUCAACUGUUCAUGGACAUUGGAAAGGCACACUCGCAGUUACAAUCACCUAGAGGGCGAUGUCCGACUACGGCGGCUUUACUCUGCUAACAAGUUCUUUCUGUGCAUUGACAAAACAGGCAAGGUGGACGGCACUCGGCGGAAAAACUACGCAGACAGCCUGAUGGAAAUCCGAUCUGUCAGUGUGGGAGUUGUUGCCAUCAAAUCUGUCAGCACCGGGCUGUACUUAGCUAUGUCCAAGAAAGGCACGCUCUUUGGAUCGGUGAAGUACAACCCGAGCUGCAAGUUCAAGGAGCGCAUUGAGGAGAACGGCUACAACACGUACGCCUCCCUGCGUUGGAAGCAUGGCGGCAGGCAGAUGUUUGUUUCACUUAACGGGCGUGGGAAGCCGAGGCGGGGUCACAAGGCUCGACGAAGGCACCCAUCCACCCAUUUCCUGCCCAUGCUCCCAUCCUAGCUUCGCAAGUCUGAACUCUGAGCGGCAACUGGCUGGCUCGCCUGCCUCCCCACACUAGUGUUGAUCUAGCUGUGAUCUUUAUUUUUAUUACUCCAUCCUCCUGUCAAAUAAAUGUACAUUUGUUGAGGUCUGUAACAUUUGUAGAGUUAGAUAUGUACUUUUAAGUUAUUUUCUUCAUUUUCUAAUGAUGUUCAGCAACACAGUCCAAUACCGUAGAAUAAUUCUUUCUUCAAGAAUCUGUCUGGUUACAGUUUACGUCUGUGUGUCUGGAGUGGAUGUAAAGUGGUGUUAGGGUGACUUUAAGAGACUGUAAGAGGACUGAAAAGGGAUGGCAGGGCUUGGAAACAAAACGUGGCCCACUGGUUUCUUUUUUACCCCAUUUCAGAUGUUCAACUGAAUAAGAAGGGAAAUCAUAUUAUACUUAUCAAUCUGAAAUGGAAGUAGCAUUAUGAAACAAAAAGAACUUUGAGAUAUGUAGCUACAAAUCAGGGACUAAUAGCUCCUUAAAGCUCAAUAAGGGAUGGGCUAAAUGCAUUGGCACAACACAGAACACAAAAUAUUUGUAUAUGUACCUUUGAUGACACUGGGGUCAUAUCCUUGGUGUUUUGGGGGAUUAAGCAAUGUGGGUGUGGGGGGAGGGUCACACUCUACAAUUAAAAACUAACAUAUUGUGGCUAGUUCUUGAGCUGAUUCCAGUAUUUCUAAACUUAAAGGUGUCUUAUGUAAGUUUUCACUUUAGCUGAGCAUGGCUUGUUGCCAGGUACGAGUGGUGGUGAUGGCCACUAAUCAACAGCUUCAGCCAUCAUUGUGUUUACAAGCUAUAGAGCAUAAUACGUCUUCAGUUUCUGCUGCGAGGAACUGUUACAUUGGCAAGUAGCUUUGAAGCAGCGAUCAAUGCUAACAUUGAUCGGCUUUGUAACAAUAGCAAAAACUUACAUAUAGCUCCUUUAAUAUUGUAUAAUUAUACUUUAAAUAAAUAUGUGGAUUUAUCAUGUUGAAUAUAUUUCUCAUCUCAAGCACAUGGUUAUCAUCACCUCACAUAGGAAAAUCCGAUAUUGAUGGAUUUCCAUGUAUGUCCCAUGUGAAAUGUUUGAUAUUAAUUGUGCACCACAGUGUCACAUAUGUUUUAUCAUGUAACAGUGACCGCAUCGUUUCUAAAAUCCUGGCUGUGGCCCUUCUACAAAUCUAUGUGAUCACUGUUGCUUGGGAUAUAAUGAUGCUACAGGAUAAGAUGAGAUGAACAAAAUACAUACACCAGUGAAAAGAACACAGCAGUAACAAAGCUAACUACUGGGAUGUGUGUGUUUCUCUCAGAAUGCUUCUGACAUCCAACAGCCCACAGCUAAUAGGUUAGAAAUCAGUAUCUCCACUUCUGGGUCUGAGAUAAUUAAUAUACGUUUUGAGACAUUUAAUGCAUUACAAAGAAUGUAGUUACAUCAGAGAUCACAACAUCAUUAAUUUUGUACACAGUUGUAAAUGGUUAUUACGUCUGUCUUGCUAACAUUUUCUCAACAACAACCCUGUUGCUAAUAGAGCAUUUAAUAUAUUUAAAACAUUGUGUACUCUUUAACUGUUUAAGGUUAAUGUUUAUUGUUAUUGUUGACUUUUUGUGUUGGAUUGUAGUCCUACUGUUAAAAAAUAAGGGGAAAAUUAACUGUAUUCAAGCCCAUAUUCCAUUCAUUUUGUAUGGUAAUUUUACUGGAUAUUUGUGAUUCAUUUAUCAUAAACUGUUUUCUGGUUGUAGGCCAGUACUGGCAGGUUGUAUAUAAGGCCAAAAUCCUCAGAACAAACCAAUCUUUAUUUCAGCAAAGUAAA